UGCUGUUUUGGGCGCACCUUUAUGACGUCAGAAAAGACUUAUUUUCGUGUGUUAGCUUCAUGUUUUUUAAGUUGUCUUAUCAGAAACCGUGUUGUUUUGGUUAAUUUUUAUCUAAUUUAAGCGCUAUUGUGUAUAACACGAGUGAAUUCUUCCUUGUGAGGUUAAUAAGAGCCUUUACAAAGCCGUCGUUUAAAACAGAAUAUAAUUUUGUGAAAAUGCGGAUAAAUGAAGACACGUUACUGGAAGGCAGUAAAGUCGUGUUGGUUCCCUACAGCACUGAACAUGUUCCCAGGUAUCACCAGUGGAUGACGUCAGCAGAGCUGCAGAAACUCACAGCGUCUGAACCUUUAACUCUGGAGCAGGAAUAUGACAUGCAGAAAAGUUGGAGAGAGGAUGAAGAUAAGUGCACGUUCAUCGUCCUGGACAAGCAGCGAUGGACUGAUCCGAGCAUCUCGGAGGAAGAGUGCAUGGUGGGAGACGUCAACCUCUUUCUGACGGACCCCAGUGACCUAUCUCUGGCUGAGCUGGAGAUCAUGAUAGCAGAGCCCAGCUACAGAGGCAGGGGAUUUGGCAAAGAAGUGACGUGCAUGAUGAUGCAUUACGGAAUCAACAAACUCGGCAUCAAGAAAUUCGAAGUGAAGAUCGGUUCGGACAACCGGAUCAGCAUCGAAAUGUUCAAGAAGCUCCGGUUCAAAGAGCUCUCCGUCAGCGAGGUAUUUCAGGAAGUGACUCUCGGCCUGACUGUGAGCAAGGCAUCCUGGAAAGAGCUCCUGGGCAGCACGGAUAGCAUGCAGCAGAGAGAAUACGGGAAAACACGGGACUCCAGGCACGGAGCAGGAACUGCUCCCUAACUACAGGAAGCGGACGGGGACUGAAAAUGGCUCACAAAAAUCACCCUCUUACAGUUAAACCAAACUACACCCGUUUUUCAUUCCGUACAAUUACAUUUAAAGAUUGAAAUUGUCAGCCGCCUUUAAUAAGCAGGUUCGACACGGAUAUUGUAUAUUGUAUUAAUCACCCUUAACGACUUUCAAAGAGUUCUAAUCUUAUAAUGUUUUUUGUUUCU